AUGGAGACGCCGGACGAUGACUCGGCAGCAUUGAGUACAGCUGACGUGGUGGAGGUAAAACAGGCUCGGUGUGCCAGCCACUGCCUACUCCGAGCUCGGUGUGCCACCCACUGCCUACUCCGAGCUCGGUGUGCCACCCACUGCCCCACUCCGAGCUCGGUGUGCCACCCACUGCCUACUCCGAGCUCGGUGGUGCCACCCACUGCCUACUCCGAGCUCGGUGUGCCACCCACUGCCUACUCCGAGCCCGGUGUGCCACCCACUGCCUACCUCCGAGCUCGGUGUGCCACCCACUGCCUACUUCCGAGCUCGGUGUGCCACCCACUGCCCACUCCGAGCUCGGUGUGCCACCCACUGCCUACUCCGAGCUCGGUGUGCCACCCACUGCCUACUCCGAGCUCGGUGUGCCACCCACUGCCUACUCCGAGCUCGGUUGUGCCACCCACUGCCUACUCCGAGCUCGGUGUGCCACCCACUGCCCACUCCGAGCUCGGUGUGCCACCCACUGCCUACUCCGAGCUCGGUGUGCCACCCACUGCCCCUACUCCGAGCUCGGUGUGCCACCCCACUGCCUACUCCGAGCUCGGUGUGCCACCCACUGCCUACUCCGAGCUCGGUGUGCACCCACUGCCACUCCGAGCUCGGUGUGCCACCCACUGCCUACUCCGAGCUCGGUGUGCCACCCACUGCCUACUCCGAGCUCGGUGUGCCACCCACUGCCUACUCCGAGCUCGGUGUGCCACCCACUGCCUACUCCGAGCUCGGUGUGCCACCCACUGCCUACUCCGAGCUCGGUGUGCCACCCACUGCCCACUUCCACUCCGAGCUCGGUGUGCCACCACUGCCUACUCCGAGCUCGGUGUGCCACCCACUGCCCACUCCGAGCUCGGUGUGCCACCCACUGCCUACUCCGAGCUCGGUGUGCCACCCACUGCCUACUCCGAGCUCGGUGUGCCACCCACUGCCCACUCCGAGCUCGGUGUGCCACCCACUGCCUACUCCGAGCUCGGUGUGCCACCCACUGCCUACUCCGAGCCCGGUGUGCCACCCACUGCCUACUCCGAGCUCGGUGUGCCACCCACUGCCUACUCCGAGCUCGGUGUGCCACCCACUGCCCACUCCGAGCUCGGUGUGCCACCCACUGCCCACUCCGAGCUCGGUGUGCCACCCACUGCCUACUCCGAGCUCGGUGUGCCACCCACUGCCUACUCCGCUGGGUUGUGUGAUGUGCCGCCGGCCGCGAAUACAGAAGGCUUCAGAGUGUCGAUGAUGAUCUAUAGCUCGUCUCUCACUACGACUCCUCUGCGCGAACAAUGGGAUUGA